AAAGGGGCAUGGUAGCUAUCAGUAGUGGGUGUCCUAUGUUUAUAUAUUUGUGUGGAGUGGAGUAGCAAGUUGUUGGCAGCAGUGAGAGCCUCUCUUUCUUCUUUGCUUAUUCUUACUUGGCAUCAUCAAGGAAUUCACCAGUUAUAAUGGGAAUGGGGCAAUCCAAAUGGAAAGAUGAGAAUAUGCAGAGCGGGAGAUUCAUUGUUUAUUCUUCACCUGCUUGUGAAAAAUAUUUUAGCCAGCACGUGCCGCUGCACAAAGCUGCAUUAAAGGGCGACUGGGAAGCUGCUGAAAAAUUGCUGAGUGAGGAUGGCAGCUUGGCUAAAGCUAGCAUCACGGAAGGAGGAGAAACAGCGUUGCAUGUAGCUGCUCUGGAGGGUCAUGCCUCUUUUGUUGCUAAUUUACUGCAUAGAAUGGAAGGGUGUGACCUGGAAAUUCAGAAUAACAAGGGGAGCACUGCGCUUUGUUUUGCUGCUGCGGCUGGACAUGUUGAUAUUGCUAAAUUAUUGGUCCAAAAGAACCCUAAAUUACCAACAAUUAGUGGGUUUGAAGGGGUUACCCCACUUUACAUGGCAGUACUACAAGCUCACUCUGAAAUGGCCCACUAUCUUUUUUCAUUACCAGCUUUUGAAUUUUGGUCCACAGACCACCAAGUUGCUCUCCUCACAACAGCUAUCGACUCAGGACUUUACGGUCUAGCUAUGAGUAUUGUGGACCAACAUAAGACAUUAGCUGUGACUGAAGACAGCAAUGGUGAAACGCCGUUGCAAGUGCUUGCGCGGAAACCUUCAGCAUUUUGUGGCAGCAGUGAAGGAGGACUUUGGGACACCAGCAAUAUUGCCACAACAAUACUAUCUUACAUGAAGUUGAAGACCCACAAGAACUCGGCACAAUGUGAUGCGCAUAAAUUGCUUGGCUAUCUGUGGGACAGCGUAAUAAGCCAAGAAGACGUGGAAACUGCACAAAUAGUUGGAAACACUUCAAAAUUGUUCUUUGUAGCAGCAGAAUCAGGAAACGAUGAAUUCUUGGUAGAGUUAAUCCGCCGAUAUCCUGAUUUCCUAUAUAAAGUGAACCAAUCCAAACAUAGCAUAUUUCAUAUAGCGGUUUUACGUCGGUACGUGCGAGUAUUCAAUUUGAUGCAUGAGUUAGUGGGUGUGAAGGAGCUGAUAGCAACAUACAUUGAUAAAGAUGGAAACAACAUGCUCCAUUUAGCAGCCAAGUUAUCACCUCAAAAUCAGUUAAGUAUUAUUCCAGGGGCAGCUCUUCAGAUGCAGCGAGAAGUACUAUGGUACAAGGAAGUUGAAAAGAUUGUCCAACCCUUGUACCGAGACAUGAAGAACAAUGCCGGCCAAACACCUUACGACAUAUUCCUGGAGGAGCACGAAAAGUUGAUGAAAGAAGGAGAAAAACUGAUGAAGCAGACGGCAAAAUCGUGCAUGCUGGUGACCAUGCUCAUUGCGACUGUCGUCUUCACCACGGCCUUCACGGUGCCGGGAGGCUACAACAACAAUACCGGAGCUCCGAUUCUACAAAAUGACAAGGUAUUCAUGGUAUUCCCCAUAUCGGAGGCAGUAGCAACUCUGUCGUCUUUGACUUCAAUGUUGAUGUUCCUGUCCAUACUGACGUCCCGAUACACGGAGAUGGAUUUUCUCAACUCGCUGCCCUUCUGGCUGGUGAUUGGAGUGGGGGCUCUGUUCAUUUCAAUCGUGGCAAUGAUGGUGGCGUUCUGCACAUGUCUCUUGUCCUAUGAACAUGGAUUGGUAGCUGCAACUGCUCUUUUGGCUUUCUUUGCUAGUGUGCCAAUCAUGUUUAUAAUCUUGAAGUAUGAGCUUUUGGUCACUGUACUGCGUUGUACAUAUGGUUGUCGCUGGUUGUUUCGGUCAAACAAUCGAUUGUUCACCUAGAACUCUACAUCAUUAUAGAUCCUGUAUCUAUUUGGGCUAACUUGGAAUUGUGGGCUAAGAGAGAAGGGAAGAAAAUUGAGUGUAGCUAAUUCAUUCCUUUUGUUGGGUUCAUAUUCAGAUGCCUGAAUAGUUGUUACCUUAUUUUUUUUUUUUUUUUUUUUUAUUUCAUCCCCUGCAAGUGUAAGAUCGGUGAUCGCCACCAUCCACGGCCACAGCAGGCCAUGUAAAUGGAAUGCCGUUUUUAUAGGUCAACGUGUCUGCGGGGACCGAUUUCA